GCCCUCAAGCUCUCCUGUGAGGAUUUGCUCCUGUGGGUCAGUGAGUGAGAGAUGAAUCGCAGUCUUAUGUCUGGGGUAUUUCCCUUCUGAAUGGUUUUAAUCAGCAAGCCAUUAGGGAACCAGAAAUUUUAUUUUUCUGGCUAAAAGGAUGGAAACUGAGCCAGCCACUUUUUACUGUCAUCCAUGGAAGGGCUCUAAUCCGCUGCAGAAUUAUGGUUUUCUGAUUCUUUGCCAUGACUCUUCAGGAAGUUCUUAAGCAGAGACGGAGGAGCAAGCUUGAUUCGAGAACAAGAUGUGGAAAAAGAAGAUAGAUCUGUAUUUUUCAGGCUGACAAACAAACAUCGCUGCUAUGACUGUUCUGGUAACGUGGACAGGGGCAUAGUGAAGCUGAACUGGUCAUGGUCUGUCGUCCAGUGUUCCUUUGUCGUCGGCGAUUUUGGCCCCGGCCCUUCGUGGUGGUUUUGGUGGUGGCAAUCUGCCUCUUCUACCAGACCCUAACACUCCUAGGGACCAGGAAGCUCACAGCCACUGUGUCGGGGACUUACCCCAAUGCACCCUCAGCAACCCAGGCAGGCAGUUGCAACAAAGGUUUUUCCGUGGACACACAGUGCUUCCUUCACUCUGGCAAUGCGCAGGAAAUCAUAAAGAUCAAAGAGUCACUUGAAACACACUUUGGCAGCCAUGGCAGAAGAGCCAUACUCUACCACCCUCCUUCCUACCGCAAAGUGGAACUUCAGCUUCUACAGCAUAUUCUUUCACAACAUGGCUAUACAGUUGUCAUUGCUGAAGAAAGGCUUGGUGCUGGACUUGGGCUGGAUCUGCUAGCAAUAGGUGAUUUGGCCUCUUGGGAUCUGCUCAUUUGCCUGUCUGCUAGGCAAACUGGUGGAAAGCCCUGCAUAUCAAAAGAAGAAAUAUGCCAGCUAGGUUUUCAUCAAAAGGUAAACAUAUUUCCAGAAAUACAGCGUCAGCUUUGCAGAAAGAAAGGAUUAUGUCAAAUAAUUAGAAGAUUUCCAGAAUUGCAACAUCUCGUGAAUCCCUCUGUGUGUCUGGAUCAGAGCACACAAACAAAACUGAGUACUUCGAGUCAUCUUUUAAAAGCAGCAAAGCUACCUACAUGGAAGCCAUGGGACUGGAGACACACACAGCUGAAUCAAACAACAGUCCUUGCUCCUCAAGAAGGAAUCUUUAGAGCCAAAGACCUAUCUGUGAUUCUUAAAGCAUACGUGUUGGUGACAUCCUUAACCCCUUUGCGUGCAUUCAUUCAUUCAACUGGCACAGUUUGGAAUCCACCAAAGAAAAAACGCUUCACUGUCAAGCUGCAAACAUUUUUUGAGACAUUCCUGAGAGCUAGUUUACCUCUUCAGGCUUUUGACAAUAUGAAGGAAGCCAUUAUCAAACUCCUGCUAGCUGCUGAAGUACUCAGUGAGACAUCUGCUCUGGGACCAAAGACCUUUUCAAGAUGCAGAACAUGCUUUCAGCUUUUAACUUUUGAUAUUGCUUAUGGACAUUUUAAAUACCCAGUAGUGCUCCAGGUGCAUGAGCAUUUAUAUGUCCAAGACUAUAGUAUGGAAUUUGAGGACCAAAGCACAGAAGAAUUCCUUUUAAAAGAUACUUACACUUUUCUCUUUUCUAAUGCAUCUUCAUUCUCUAUGCUUUUUGAGAUAUUUCAAAGGCUUUAUAGAUCAGGUGUAAUUAAGGGUAAAAAUUAUCAAAAGGAACAAAGUCAAUGCCUGUCUAUAGAGGAGAUUUACUCAAUUAUGACUUUCAGAAAGGAACUUGGGAAUCUGGGACAAUUCCAACUGCUCUUCCCAUCUACCACUCCUGGAAUUCAAUCUCUGAUGCAUGACUUUUAUGAUAUGGCAAAUCCUACAGCAAAACCUGCUUCAGUUCCAACUGAAUACUGGUUACUUUUAAAUAUACUUGAACAGUUUCAGCUUCUGAACAAAAAGGCACAACUACGUCCAGUGGAAUGGAAUUCUUUCACAGAGGCUGAGAACACUGGAAAACCACAAAUGCCAUUUGAUGCAACUGAAAAUAAAAAAGUUGCUGUUCCAAAAAUUAUGAAUGAAACCAAAGAAAUACAGUGCAGUAACGAUAAAGACAUACAGUGUCAUAUCAAACAGAUCUUGACACAUCCACAUUUGGAACUAAGUCCUGAGUUUAACCCGAAGAUUAAAGAUUACUCCUCUGAGGUUCCAUUUGAUGUGGUCACAGUUACAAUUGGAGCAGAGGUUUCCAAAUGUCAGUGCAAGAUCUACCUGCAGGAACGGGCAGGAGCAAGUUUUGCCAACUAUCCCUUAGGCUUAGGUGUAAACAGACUCUCAAUUCUCGUGGUAGAUGAAUCCACACCUGAGCAUGAGACUCUGAUAACAUACAAACUUACCAUCUAUCGAGAAGACCGUCCAAGUCUGCCCUUAUUUGAGGACUUCACAGCAUGUGGUUUUGUGCAGGACUGUGGUUUACCAAUUCACCCAGAUGAAUCCUGUGGGUUACAGCCCAUUGCCUCUGACUACAUUGAAGCCAUUUCACAACCUGAACUACAGAUUUGUCCAUCUGGAGACAUCAAAGGUCAGUGGAUUGUCCCUUGCCUCAGUUGUUCAGACAAUAGGACUUGUGAUUGGAGAGAAAUAACCUGGCAGCCCCACAACUGCCAAUAUGGCAUCUUAACCAAGCCUCAGCUCCAGCAGUGCCUGAGAGGAAGAAAGGUUCUUUUCAUUGGAGAUUCAACCAACAGAGGGAUAAUGUACUAUUUGAUUGAAAGACUGAAUGAGACCUUGCAGGAAUGGCAAAAAGUGCAUGGCACAAAAUUCUAUCACAAUGUAAAUGGUGGAAAGACUCUGAUCAGUUACUCCUACUAUCCCCAGUUCUGGAUAAGCCCUUCACUGAGACCAACAUUUGAAAAAGCACUUGGACAUCUUUUGCAAAGAUCACGUCCCCUGGAGAAUAAUGCCCAGACUGUAUUGGUUGUUGGCGGUGUUCAGUGGCUUAAUUCCAAUCAUCUACAAAUUAUUCAAAAGGUUUUGAAGAGAGAAAAUUUACUCAAUAUCCUUGUGAUCAUCAAAACUUUGGGAAUUGGAUUCCACCUCCCAGUAGAUGGGGUGCAUUUCUUAACUCUGAGUGAAGUACAGAACUUAUGGAAAGAAAAUAUGAUUAUUUUGGAUGCUGCAAAGAUGUAUGGUUAUGAAGUGGUUGACACAUUCACUAUAACAAUGGGACGAUAUAAAGAGUUUUUGCAAGGGAAGUGUGGAUGCCAUUUCCAUGAGGUAGUGAAAUCAAAGUUAGCCAAAGAAUUUCACCUUAUUAAAAUGAAACUCUCAAGAAAUCAUAUUGUGGGAAAUUAUUUCAGCAAUCAAAGUAAACAACGACAAGACUUAGUGACAAAUUUUCAUUCACCAUAUCACGUGAGAGGUCCAAUCAAUCAAGUUUGCUCUGAAAUCCUCCUCAGCAGAAUGUGUACAAACAGAAGAACUGUGUAGACUUCCUGAAGGAGGACUGAAUUGGAACUCAGGUCAAGCCAUUCAUCUGGAUGAUGGUCUUAGGACCUACUCCUGUAUAUUACAUGUCUUACUGGUUAACUGCACAAGCUCCUGUACAUGCUCACACACAAUUGCACCAAUAUACACAUAAUUUAUUUAAAUCAUAUUCACACACACCCUACAUAUAGCUUUAUAAAAUAAAAAUGUGCACUUGGAAAUCAGUAAGUUUCUAGGUAAAACAUAAAAAAAAAAAAACCUUUUUUAAUUGCAAAAAAAAAAUUCGUCAUCGAUAGGUCUUCUCCACUCUGGGCCAACCUACUUAAGAUAAAGUUAUAUAUACAGAGAGAGAGAAAGAGAGAGAGAGAGAGAGAGAGAGAGAGAGAGAGAGAUGGAGAAAGAAAUCACAAACUCAAGUGUCCUUUAAUGCAGAGAAGAGUGGGAUCAAGCUAGGUUGUGCACAUGGCAAAGCAGUGCAAUAUCAAAGUGAGCAAUUUGAUGACCCUGCAUUGUGGUAAAAAAUAAAAGAAAUAUAGAUAUUUGAAUUAUAUGGGGGAAAAAGAGGAUGAUACUCUUGAGUGUUAUGUUAUUUUCUUAACUGUUACAUUGUUGCUGAAAAGGGAGGAAAAAUUGGUUACAUUCCACUUGCAAGAAGGGAUCGCGCUUGUGACCUUUAUCAGGGGACUUUAUCAAGGAUCAAAAGUGGCACUUGUGACAUCUUUGGGAAUCUAAUUAGUUAGGAAAAAUAUUUCUUCCUUUGCUUCUGCAACUGUAUAAUUGAGAAGAAAAGAAAAAGGGAAUUGUCCACAAUGGAAUUCAAUAAGUGUUUAUGAAAGAGAUAAAUGUGUAACACUUUUAUAGUUAACAAAUUUACUCAACUCAGCACUCUGUGCUUUUCACAACAUUCCCUCCUGUUUUGUCUGUGAACUUGGCUGGGUAACUGUAGUCUAAAUUGAUGAAAAAUGUACUAUAAAAGUGAGGUACAAAAUAUAGUUCCUCAUGUAUUGCUUUAUUGUGUGUCAUUGAUGAUAUUGUUUCAGAAGUCAUUUGUCUAUGUAAUUUAAUAUUGCAAUUAAAUUUUAUGUAAAUAUUUUGUAAAGAACUAGGUAUUCUCAAGUGCAUAGGCAUUUUUCCUAGAAGAAAAGUACAUAUGUCCACAAAUACUGCUAUGUUGUCAGUAAUUAUAUUCUGAUUUUGCCAGGUAAUUUCGUAUAAAUAAAAUAUGUAACAGAUAUAAAAUUAUUUUUAUUAAAGCUAAGGCAUACAUGUAAAAAUGUAUCUAAUUCUACUAUUGAAAAUUUUUCUUCUAUUUUAAGUCCAAAAUAGUAAAUUUCUUUAUUUUAUAGGUACUUUGUUGUGUUAUAUCUCACAAUUACAGUGUUUUAUAUAGGAUAUUUAGAGAGACAGGUUGCUGAGAGGGUCAAUUCAAUACAUGGCUGAUAUUACCAAGCAUUAUAAAUACCUCAAUUUCAUUACCAAGCAAAAUAUAGAAUUACUUUCAUUAAUUUGUUCCUUAGUGUGAAUAGUACCUUCCAUAAAUACUUUCCAUACAUAUAUAUAUAUAUAUAUAUAUAUAUUAUUUUUAUAUGAAAUUAAACAAGAACUUAUAUUUGACUUCCUAAAAUUAUAUUUAAGCACAAAUAUCAUUUGAUAUAAACAAUAUAAUUCUGAGAAUUUUCUUAAAGAAUAAUUCAUACAGAAUUAACAGUUAAAAUGGAGGCUUUUUCUAAUAUCUACAGCUAUAUACAAGCAUUAUGUAUAGGUACUCAGUGGUUUUAGUGAUGUGAAAUAUUGCCAGUUCAUGCUUUCCACAAUGUAUUGCAUGUUCUAAGACGAUUUGAUAGUGUGUGUUUCCUAUAAUUUACAGUCAGCAUUAAAUAUAAUCACUGUAUGAUGAGUUUGGUCUGGCAUUUACCUCUUCAACAUUGAAAUAAUAAAUGUUAGAAACAGUUGUAAUACUACUAUUAAUAAAUGAAAAUAUCUUACUAGUAAUGGACUUUA